GACAAUGGCCUCGAAGUCCUGCCACCGAUCGGUGACGACGGGACACAAGCGGCGGACAAUCAGUUAAAAGCCAAACAAGAGAUCAUUGAUAUACUGGACGACAGCGACAGCGAAGAUACGGCCGCAACACCAGUCACUCAUUCGCUGCCCACAAAAGCAGUCACUCCAAUGGUUCCCACGGCUAAUGUCCACCACUACGGGACUGCAGCGGUCACUGCCAAUCAAACGGUUGAUAUAUGGCUACAAAACUCGUUAAUAACUCAGCCGUUGAACAAACCCACGCGCGUGAAUGAAAACUCGACAAAAACAUGUGAUGAAACAACUCAAGUGAUAAUCAAUGCGAAGACACCACCGAUGGGACAGUUAUGCAGCACUGGAUCCGCACAACUGAUACAACCGGCUAUUAUUGCUGGACAAACGAGAGAUCAAUUAGUGGCCAUCUCUGAAACCGAUUCUAUGGACAAUACCAUUGAAUCCUAUGUCAUAUUCAUCGGAGAAAAUAGCGAAUCAAUUGAACCGAUGUUUGCGGACACAUCAGUGGACAACACAACUACACUGACGGACACCACCGACGACACGGACACUACCGAAGACACGGAAAUAAUAAUGCACUCGAAUACUACACUCAAUGGUGACACAGAUAGUGAUAGAACUACUGAAGAGUGGCCGCAAGACAUAACAAAUGUCACUCAAGAGGACAAUUCCGACGCCAAUCACUGCCGCAUAUAUCGGCAGACAUUCGCCACAAGAAACGACUUCCAAACGCACACGAGUUUGGUUCACAACAAACUUCAGGCGAAUUGCGUGUGCGGUGAUUGUGGUCAGGCGUUUCACUCGUACUCCCUGUUGACCACUCAUCGGUACAUCGGUCACACCAUUGCGAAGACAUCACAAAACAUCACUACAACUGAUCCGUCGGCAGCGAAGGCGACGGCUUAUCGGUGCCAUAAAUGCGACAAAUCAUUUGCAUCAAAACGUGGUCUCCAGACACACGACGGUAUUGUUCACGCGUUGAAGCCUAAGAUUACGUCAGAUGACAAUUGGAUGGCCGGCGACCAUAACUAUAGUCGAAUCAUUGUUAAUGGCGGCGGUGAUAGGCCAGCGCUCGACACACAACUGACCAGUGAUUCAAACGAUGUCAGCGAUUCUCAAGACAGAACCAAAUUGUCGAUCAAUAGACAAACCAUCGAUGGCAGCGCCGCCAUUGACUGGGCAGUGGGCGCGUCGGGUAACCAAUACCGAAACGAGCAUUUCGUGGAUAAACCCGUGACGGCCGCACACCCGGCCUCGCAGAAGCCCUAUCCGUGUUCGCGCGCCCACUGUUUUAAGAUCUUUCAAUCGGAUCAGUCUCUGCAGCAACACAUCCAGACUGCGCACCACUCGUCAGAGCCACCGCUCGAUUUGCCGCUCCAUAUGUGUCCGCACGAGGGCUGCGCCAAGAAGUAUGAUUUUGUUGAUUGUCUCACUCUUCACAUCCGGAAAGUGCACUCGCAGUCAGUAGUGGUCGCGCCGGCGGUCGAUCGCAAGCCGUAUCCGUGUCGUCAUCGCGGGUGCGGUCGAGCCUUUUCAUCGCAACUUUGUCUCAAUGGCCACAUUAAGAGCGCCCACUUCACUAAGGGAUCCACACUUUAA